AUGUACAUCGGAGGUGAUUUAAAAACAACUAUUUAUUUCGAUACGACCCUCACAAACAAGAUUGAAGUGUUUGUAAAUAGGUCAUCUUUACUCGACCAAACCUACACUAACAUUAACACCACAAUAUACAGUGCAGUAGAAAAUGGAACAAGCGUGCUGCGAAUUAACACAACCAUUCCCACAACAGAUUUUACAAAUUGUUACUAUGCAUCAAGAAUUAUUCGAUUACCUGCAAAUCUUGCAACAUUAACUGUUCAAAUAAGCAAUUACGCAAAUGAUUUAAUUUUUAUGCCAGAUCCAAAUACGAACCCCUCAACAAACCUUAGACUUAAAUCGUUGACCGUUAUGACAGGAACUAAUCUUGUGAAUAUCACUCAAGUUCAAUCAGGUCAAAUUUUUAUGAGUGGAAGAAAGGGACAAGUAUAUCUUUCGAAAUUAUUUGGAGCUGCUUUGAUUGUGUCAACUUCCGGUGAUAUUACUUAUUCAGAUCUGUCUUCUGCCGUAGCAUUGAGUUUAUACACAACAAAAGGCACCCUACAAGGAAGUAGUAUUACUAGUGUAGCGAAUGGAACUGUCACUCUAAUUGCAAUCAAGAAGAAACAAACUCACCAAGGUAUCAAAGGAGCUAAGCUUAUUGAAAUUGGUACAGAAGAUGGAGAAAUAGAUGCUUCAUUGAACAAUAAUGACUUCCAAGGUGAACUUCAAAUUCAAGCAUCAAACCUCGACGAGUCAACUAUUCAAUCCACCUAUUAUCCCGUUGUCAAAUACUCAUCUUUAGACUCUAGGAAACAAUACCCAACAGACUUUGGAGGCAAUGCAGCAGAGAUUUUCACUCCAAACUAUGCUGGAACCAUUGGCGAUCCAUCUUUUGCCUCAACGCGUUUAAUGAAAAUUCGAGUGAAGAAAUCUGGAAAAUUAUUGAACUUGAAAGUGUAA